CAUAAAAUGAAUAUUAUACGGACAAAAUUCAUCCUAACAUGUUUACAUCCCAAGUAGCCUCUGUGCAGAUCUUGUGCAAGUCACAAUGAAAAUUUAUGCAGAUUUUGUGCAGAUAUUUUAGUACAAUAAAAUUUGUGCAUGAAAAGUAAACAUUAUGCACUAACACAUAUUUACAAGUCUAUUUGUACAAAAUGUUUACCAACUUUGUACGUAUUUCUGGGCAUCUACUUAGUAAUUAAAUAUAUGUAUAAGUUUUAUGCAAACUUAUCUACAUUAAAAUUGUACCAUAAAAUCUGUAUCAAAUAUGCACCAAAUAUGCACCAAAUAAUAUAUGAAUUCUGCUGCAGAUUUCCAUGUACCAAACUAGCAUCAAAUAUGCACAAAGAAAAAAAGGGUGAUCAGGCGCCAUCUUCAUGCUACACAGUUCUCUACUCAUUUCCUACAGCCGUCAAAACGUGGUUUUCUUCUUUCUUAAAAUAUUAAAUAAUUAAUUAAUAUGGAAAAAUUGGUUCAAAGUGCAGACCAAAGUGAUAAAACUUUCACGGUGGUCGAGUUUCACUUAGAUAAUGGAGUAAGUGUUGUUCCAAGUUCUUGGAUAUCGGAAAAAGUAGGAAAAAAGUUUUGUCCGUUUCCUGAUCCGAUUCCGAAGGAUUUUGAAAGUAUUCAAUCCAACCUAAAUAGUGUUCCUGGCCAGGAUUGGAUUACUUAUGAAGUCACUUGUGUCAGAGUUCAUGAUAACUACAAAAGAGCACAGGGAAAAGCAAAAAAGCACAUUAGGAAUCAACAGGUUGACUCGACUGAUGCAGAAUUAGGACGAGGAAAACGAUUUCGAAAAAAUGAAGAAGUCCUUGUCACCCCGGCCGUAUCAGAACCACCUCCGUCGUUGCUUCAUCAAAUAAAUAGUGGCUCGAGUCGGCAAGUGAACGGUCCUGCUGAAAUCCCAAACGAUCAACAGCUGCAGACCCUACAAAUUCCAUACAUACGAGUUGAGGCGGAUCAGCAACUCUCAGAGCUAUUUUCAGAAUUUAGAAAUUUUCAAGAAGAAUCAUUACGAAACCAAGCAUUUUUACUGGAACGAGUGCAAAAUUUGGAGAAUCUUCUAUUGAACUCAUUACAAAAUCGAGGUGCCAACUCCCGCUAGGCUGGAUGGAAAUGGCCAAUUAAAACAACAGCUGACGUGGAUGCAGUCGAAUUAUGGUUAUUGGACCCACGCAACUACCAGGAAGAAGUUUUGAUAUUGUCAAAAGUUGGUGGUAAUUCCGGUGGCACGAAGUGUGUUUACGACACCCUUGAUUGGAUGAUUUGUCAUCAACUGGCGCUGACCCUUCGCUAUACCAGUAAGAGUGGAAAAACAGCAGUUGGGGAUAAGUUAUUCGUAAAACUUACUCGUGAGUCCGUCAGACUAUCAAAUCCUGGAUUAACGGAUCGCCAGAUCAAUCGCUUCAUUGCUUCCUGGUUUCGACAGUCCUCACAACGUGAUAAAUCGAGAAAUGAAAACAAAACUGGUCACCCCACGCAGAACACUGCAACGGCGAGCGGAGAGGGUGGUCACCGCGGCACUCAAGAGAAUUCGAACUCAACGAACUCAACGUACGACAACGAUUCUGGCAGAGACGAGUAAUGAAGACGAAUCAAACAACCAGCAUUCUCGUCACAUCGCUAAUUUAGAACAUGUAGAAAGUAAUUUGCAAAUUGAGGAAGCUGAAAAUCUUAUGCCAACUUGUUCUGUUAUCCCACCAAUUAAUAAUAAGUCUAAAUUAAUUCAGUUAGGUAAAUGGGCAACCGAGUUUAAUAUUAGUCAUAUCGCUCUGUCAAAACUAUUAUAUUUAGCCCGUGAAUGGCUGCCUCAUGAGGGGUUUCCAAUGGAUCCUAGAACACUUUUAAAAACUAAACGGGUCAUAGAAAUUAGGGAUAUUGAAGGGGGAAAAUUUUAUCACUUCGGAAUCCUCAAACAUAUUAAUGAAGUAAUAGAAUCGGGGAACUUAUUAGAUUUUACAAUUCCCAAUUUGAGCAAUUUUCUAGAAUUACGGAAUCUUUUAACACUUAAAAUUGGAAUAGAUGGGUUGCCAAUUUCCAGAAGUUCAAACAAGCAAUUUUGGCCAAUUUUAGGGAAGCUGGAUCAAGAUCCAAGAUCGAGAGUUUUUAUAAUUAGUUUAUUUUAUGGAUCUCAAAAGCCACAAAGUUUAGAAACCUUCUUGGGUCCAUUUGUCAAAGAAAUGCUAAAAUUGGAACAAAAUGGUGUGCACGCUAAAGGCUGUCAUUAUUCAGUUAGGAUUCGCUGUCUUGUAGCUGAUGCGCCGGCUCGCAGCUUUCUUAAGCGAAUAAAAGCCCACAAUGGUUAUUUUGGAUGUGAAAGGUGUUAUCGCAGAGGUAGUUAUAAAAAUUCCCGUAUUCUCUAUUCAAUUAAAGCUCCUUGUGAAGAAUAUACGGACCAGUCUUUUAGAGAGCGUUGGUACGAAUGUCAUCACAAAGACGUUUUGCCAUCUCCUUUAGAAUCAUUGUCUCUUGGUAUGAUUUCACAGAUUCCUUUAGAUUACCUUUGCUUAUUAGGAACAAUGAAAAAAUUAUUGCUUGUUUGGACGGAGGGAAAGCGGCCACAUAAAUUAUCCAGUGUUCAACAAAAAAUAAUAUCAGAUAGAUUAAUUAAUUUUAGAGUUCAAGUACCUAAAGAAUUUGCUCGAAAAUGUCGAGGUAUUAAUGACUUAAAACAUUGGAAAGCCACCGAGUUUAGACUUUUCUUACUAUAUGUUGGUCCCGCUACGUUAAGGAAUAUUCUUGACGCAAAAAAGUAUGAACAUUUUCUAUUAUUUCACUCUGCGAUGUAUAUUUUAGUUUGUAGUCCUUUAGAACGUAAAUGGAUAGAUUUUGCACAAAGUUUACUAAACAAAUUUGUGCACGAGAUUCCUAAACUUUAUUACAAGGAAUUAUUAAUUUAUAACAUGCAUAGUCUUCUUCAUGUAGGGCAAGAUGUUAUUAUUCAUGGUCCUUUAGAUAAUUAUAGUGCUUUCGAGUUUGAAAAUUACAUGUCUCCUUUGAAAAAAUUGCUCCGCUCUAAGUCAGCUCAUUUAAGCCAAAUUGUAAAGCGCAUUGGAGAGAUUGACGAAUUCUCUAGCUCAACUUUAGAUAAGGUAAAAGCUUUAAAAUUAGGUGGCUCGCCAGCCGAUAACUGUUACGUUACAAAAGAUGGGAGAUUCUGCAUUUUAAAUUGCAAAACUUCUGAUUCUGAUAAUGUUAGUGUAAAAUACUUCAAGUCCAAAGAAGAUGUUAACCUUUACCCUUGUGCUAGUGGUAAACUAGGUAUUUAUGUAGUUUAUAAUUUAGAUGUAUAUGAAUGCGAAAUUGCUAAAGGUAGCAUUUACAAAAAAUGUGUCUUGUUGCCUAUUAGUGGCAAGAAAUAUUUUUGUAUACCAUUGUGUAAUUAGCUGAUGGGAUAUUAUUUUUUUUACUUUAAAGAUCAAAGGAUUAUCAUUUUUGAGCUAAUAAAUUAAAUAAUUGUUAAAAAUAUGCAAAUUCAUUUAUUAUAUGCAUAAAUCUACAAGCAUGUGAUACAUAACUAGCAUUGAUUAAUUGUACAUAUUUUGUGCAUAAUUUUGUGUACUAGAUUUGCACUAACUUAUACUGCAGGUUUAGUACACGCCACUAUGCAGUGCAUUUUUAGUGCAUAUCACUCGUACAAAAUCUGCACUAGUUGUUUGUACAUGUAAUGCAAAUAAAAAUGGUCAAACUUGCAUGAAACCUGCACAUAUUUUGUUGUACCAAUAAGGUACAAUACUUGCAUGACUUGGCUACUUGGGAUGUAUGCAAACUUUAAAAAACUUGUCUUUUACCACAACCGAUAGACACAAAUGUUUACACAGUUGAAAAACUACCUAAAAACUUUGACUUUAUUUAAAGAAUAUAAUUUAUUUCUA